AUUUCUCGGGAUCCAUGGCUAUCUGUUCUCUAGCAGCAUUGAUUCUUUUCUUGCUAAGCCUUGCUACAACCGGCAAAGCACAAUCGCGCUAUCAACAGAGAAUCCUCGUCCUUGGAGGAGAUGGCAUGUUAGGAAGCGAAACAGUAGCCCGAUUGAAACUCAGAGGACACGACAUCACCAUUCUGCAUCGAGGAACGUGGUACUGGGACUCCGCUCUAAGAAUCAAGCCAUGGGUGAAGUUUGUACAGUGCGACCGGGAAGACUUUGACGUCUGCGCUGAUAAACUAGGUGACAUAACUCGAGAAAAAGGCAUAUUUGAUGCAGUGAUCGACUUUAGUGGGUACAAACCAAGCCAUAUCAAGGAUUUUAUGGGCAAGAUGCGUAGUAAGAUUCGACGGUACAUCUACAUCAGUACUGAUUCAGUGUACGAGGUUUGUCAGGAGCCUUCCCACGAUGGGCCCACGCUUGAGGAGGACGCUGUGCGUCCAGAGGAUCCGAAUACAAGAGAGGCCUAUGCUCGUAAGGACCCUUACGGUAGCGCCAAGCUGGACUGUGAAGAUGUAAUAAAGAGGGAAAAUGAACUGUGGAACAUCCCUUACUUGAUUCUACGCCUGCCUGACGUCAUUGGUCUCCGUGACAACACCAACAGAUUCUGGAACUACCUUUUAUGGAUGCGAUUCCACGACAUAUUUGACCGGCCAGUGGUAAUACCACACAGCCUCCAAACUAGAUCUCUCAGCUUCGUCUUUUCUGAAGAUGUGGCGAAUCUUUUGGUAGUCCUUCCGGAGUAUGGAGACAACGUGUAUAACUUUGCUUACAACCUUGCAUUUCGAGAACAAGUGACACUCGAAGAAUUGCUCCGAAAUAUGGCCCAGCACCUUGGUCUCCCUGCGGUAAAGUUUGAUAAGCCUAACCAAUGGGGUACCCACUAUUACCCCUCUGUUACGCGUGGCCCGUUGGAUAUUUCCAUGGCGGAGAAAUUUCUUCGUUGGAAUCCGCAUCAGCUUGACCAUGGAAUUAGAAAAACCGCGCAAUUUUACGAGUACGCCAUGAGGUCUUCGGAAUUUCAGGUUCAACGAAAGGCAAUCCUCGACAGUUUGGAUGUCCCUUCUCAUGCAAUGGGAGCGUUUAGGAAACGGUUGAAGGAAGUUUAUAAUGUGGAUUAUGUUAGGCCGGAUAAUGUAAAAGACGAGUUAUAACAAAUACUGUAAGUCUAGGCUAUAAACUCCAGCACCAUGUCUAAAUUCGACAUAGAAGUGUGCUCAGCAAACGUUGUGUGGAUUUUUGCCGCUCUCGAGACUGCAACUAAUUCAAAAUAAUUCAAUUAUUGUGUAAACUGAUGUGAUGCAAAUACUUUGCUUUAUCGGCUAAUAAAGAUUUGGACGAAUUCGUUCAUAACUGAACAGAAUUGACCAUUUUUCCGGAAUUGUGCGAAGUCCAGAUCUUGUCCCAAAUGCAAGUUUGUCCGAUCUCUGACAGUUUCCGUUUUAUCAUUAUAGUUUUCAUUUCUGAAAUUUGAAUUUGAAGUACUUUACAUAGGAGUUUACGUGGUUCCUAGCAUCCCCUCCCAUCUCUUGCCAAGUCAUUUUCCCAGAUUGAGUUCAGAAAUCGAAUUCAAAGGGAUAUUACCUCACGCGGGAUUCGUAUUAGUUUACACCCAUUUCAAUACAGCUUCGCAAACUGUCCUCCUACAUCGUUUACUUACGUGCGGCCGGGGUUAGCAUGCAAAGUACUAGUGGUAGCUGACGAGAGAUUCCAUUUUGCCCAGUCCAUUCCAAAACUGAGGGUAGUUUGAAACUUCUUUAUGAGUAUAUCCACUAAAAUUUCGUCCGUUCUGUUCAAAGCUCGCUCCAUUUGGCAGUACACAAUACAAAUAAAGCCAUCAUUUACUGCUUGUAAUUCAACAGGGUUUCGUUUAAUUUCAAUACCAGUACAUCAUCAUAAUCUCAAAGUUCUCAUCUGAACUGCUAAAAUUGCACAAGUGAACGUUUUGUAGUCACGUGCAUUCAGAGCUAAACAAGAGAACUAGUUGCUCACAACCGUUUAUUACCUGAACUAAUUAUGGUGAACACGUACAACAGAAAGGGCCAGGCUACAAAACAAAAUUAUAAUCUCGACUCCAGGAGAGUUCUCCCUUUAACUUGAAAGGGACAAAUGCCCUGGGGCCCGUUUCUCGAAAGCCACGGAAACCUUUCGGGCCCGUAAAACCAUUUUUAGUUCAUCUGUAGCUAA